CCCACUAUCCUCCGGCUGUGAAGCCACCUCCGCGGCUCUUAUAUAAAGGAUCCAUUCCGCUAGGGUUUCUCCUCGGUAGCAGCUGGCUCACUUCUCCAGGAAAGUGUUCGUCCUCAUGGCGCCGCCGCAGCCGAAGUCGGGCCUCUUCGUGGGCAUCAACAAGGGCCAUGUCGUCACCAAGCGCGAGCUGCCUCUGCGCCCGUCCCACCGCAAGGGGAAAGCAACGAAGAGGGUGUCCAUGGUCAGGGGCCUGAUCAGAGAGGUUGCUGGCUUUGCUCCUUAUGAGAAGCGUAUCACCGAGCUUCUGAAGGUUGGCAAGGACAAGCGCGCUCUGAAGCUUGCCAAGAGAAAGCUUGGAACUCACAAGAGGGCAAAGAAGAAGAGAGAGGAGAUGAUGGGCGUCCUCAGGAAGAUGAGAUCGGCUGGUACGCACACUGACAAGAAGAAAUAAAGCAUUUCAAGUUCAUGAAUGUGGCAGCCAGAGAUUAUCAACUGUGUUUUUUCCCUACCUCUAGAAACUAGACAUGGCAAAGUAUUUUUGACCGAAACAUUGUUUGUUAGUAAUGUAUUGAACCACCUCGUGGUAUUUUGCCCCAACUUCCAAUGCAUCAAUGGUUUGUUAAUCUUUUGCUAUGCUA